AUGGUUGAUGUUUUUUAUUCACUUGUGGAUGUUAAUCGACGAUUUCAUCGAUUAGUACUUGAUUCUCUUUAUAUUCGUCAUCUUGAUAUGACUACUAUCAUGAACGUCAAUUCAGUGUAUGACCAAAGCUCUUCAAUAGAUAUUGAAGUUCUUUCUGAAAUUUGUGAAAAAAUCUUACCUCGAAUUGAUCAUCAAGUUCAUAAACUUACUAUUGAACAAGAUUCAAUGAAACAAAUUCUUACUGCUAAUUAUCCUCAACUUUAUUCAUUAUCACUUAUAAAUUUUCAAGAAGAAAUACUUUAUCAAGAGUUAACAGAUAAUUUGGUUCUUCGUGAUUUUCUUAGCAAACAAAUAACGCAUCUUAAUAUUGAUAUAAAAAAAACAAGAGAUAUUUGUUCAAAAACUGUUGCAAAUAUUUUUGCAUCAAUCUUAUUUUUAUGCAAAAAAUUAAUUGUUCUGAAUUUUGGUGAUAUGUCUGCCAGACGAAAGUGUAAAACUCCUGUCUUUUAUAUUGGAAGUCAAAUUAAUAUGUCUUCAACAUUAAUGAAAUUAAAAAUUAAUGUUGUCAAUUUUGCGGAUUGUCUUUAUCUACUUGAUGGACGUUUCGAAUGUUUAUCAACAUUAAUUAUUAAUGUGUUAUCUAUUUUUGAUCAAAUAGGAAAUAUAGGUGGAAGAAAAAAACUUCCGAAAUUGAAAUGCUUUUCAUUGUCUACGUUUGGUCGAACAUAUGCUUAUGACAGUUUAAUUGUUCCAUUACUUUGUCGAAUGAUCAAUCUUGAAGAAUUACAACUGUAUCUAGUAGUUGUCAGGACUGAUGCGACUUAUAUCGACGGUAUUCAAUUAUAUGAUCAAUUUCUCAUUUAUAUGACACAAUUAAAGAAAUUUACAUUUAAUAUCAAGACAAACGUGCGGUGCAGGAACGUUAGAGUUGAACUUCCAUCGAAUCAAGAUAUUCAACGUAGUUUCAUUGGAAGAGAUUAUCAACAAGUAGCUUCAUGUAUUUCUACUGAAGAUAAUGCAUGGGACGGCGAAUGUCGUAUCUGUUCACUUCCAUAUGAUUUUGAAUAUUAUUUUGAUCUCGAAAAUUCUUUUCAAGGUGGAAUGUUUGAUAAAGUUCGACGAUUGACGAUGGCUGAUAGAAUUCCGAUCAAAUAUAAAUUAUUUCAACUCAUUUCUCAUGACUUUCGUUAUCUCGAAUUUUUAUCCAUACCAAAUGAUUAUCCAAUGAAAGACAAGCAACGUUCAUCUACAUUAAUCAAAUUUCUUUUUCUCACAUUUCUCGAUCUCAAAGGUGCACAUAUGGACUAUGCUGAACUAUUUCUAGUGAGAAAAAAUACUAAUCUCCCUCGUUUGUCAAAUCUUUCCGUGGAAUACAAAUCACUCACAAAGAUAACAAACAAUUUUACUAGUGAUGCAAUACAUUUCAAUUUUGGGACAGUUAAUAGUCUUGAUGUACAUCAAUCAUUUGUUCAUCCAGAAAAUUUUCAUCAUUAUUUUCCUUUGUUAUAA